AUGAACAGCCGACCAAUGAGCUCAGGCAUGCCUCAACAUCAGAUGGCUCAGGCCCCUGCUCCUUAUAUCCCAUCUCGGGAUUCCAUGGACCGCCACGACUACGGAAUUUCAAAGAACCGUAAGGCUUCGUCGACUGGCGGUGGACGUGCUUGGAGCGACGAGGAGGAGUCAUAUCUCAUCCAAACUCGUCUCCAGAAGAUGCCAUAUAAAUACAUUGCAGCCCACCUCAAGAAGACAGAGUUGGCUUGCCGUCUUCACUACCAUCAGCUCUCUCAUGGCAGCAACCGACGCAACAAGCGUGCUGCCUCAGUCUCAUCGGGUGCCUCCAACGACAUCCCCCAGACUCACCAUGUGAACGUCCCCAGCCCUGCACGAGAGACUGUCUCUCGCUCAGUUUCUCCUGGCGGAAGUGUACGAAGUUAUAGCCCUCCUCCCUGCAACGUCAACACUGCCAGCCACAUUCAACUCCCCAGCAUCGUUGGGCCUAGCGAUGUCACUCGCCUACCGUCCAUCCUCCCAAAACCAUCUCGCAUGUCCCUCCCACCUCCUGUCACCAACCAGUCAUAUACGACGACGAUGGACGCCCCUGUUCAGAUGCCACAUGCUGCCUACCACCAGCGCGCAGCUUCGCUUCAGCGAACAACACCUCCUCUGCGUCUUGACUGCUCAGUUGUGCCUGCUCCUGGACCCGCAUCUUCACCUCCUGCACACAACGCCUCGCAUGUCGAUCUUUCACGCCUCCAUUCCAUCUACUCAACCUACCGCGCGUCUUUCUGGACAACCAUCGCCAACGAGUAUGGUCCUUCAGUGUCUCCCACUGUUCUCGAGCAGGCCUGGAAGACUGGCACUUGCUGCAGCCCUUCUUCUCUGACACCAAUCACCCCCAUCUCAAGCCCAGGCCAGGCCGAGAAGGAUGCACAGAGCCAGUCCAACAGCAAGGGACAGGACAAGACACGGAUCUCUUCGAUCCUUGGGAUCGACGCCGACCCACGAACCGCUCGCGAUCGGGAUAUCGUGAGACGGCUGGAAGAGGAGCGAUUCGGUAUGAUGCAAACCGCUCACUGA